CGCAACAGUUUCUAAUCUUCCCACCGAGUUAACGUGCAACACCUUUUGACAGCAGAGUGUUAAACAUUUAGCUACAGCAUUUAACUGCUCCUUGGCACUUUUGUUUCAUACCCAGGCGAUGUUUGGAUGUUUUACUUUUUUCCGCCCGCUCCUGAAAGUUACUUUUGUGACUUUGUUUGGAUCAGAAGGUAGUUAUUGAAGCUAGUUCCGCCUUGGGUGCACUCUGUGAUGGACAGCAGCGACAAGUGUCAAAAGUAAUCAGGGAGUUAACAACGACACACAGGACAAAACACGUCUCCUGCCUUUUGGAUACACUUCCACUCAAGUUAAGCGGUUACAAGGAAAGGAGCUCUGAAAUCACUUUGCUGCUAAGUUGUCCCACUGGAACCAUCCGUCACAGCCAAACUGCAAGGACAGUGUUUCUUGGGAAGACGAUCAAUGAUCUUCAGUAGAAGAGCUGCUGACUGCUGAGUUUUGGACACUGUGAUGGAAAAACCUGAUGAUGAGGUUGACCUGCAACAGAGCACAACAGGGGGUGAGGAGGGAAACUCUGGUGGAGGAACACCUCCAACCAAACGCAAAGGCAAGCUCUCCAAAAUGGGAAGGAUCUUCAAGCCCUGGAAAUGGAGAAAGAAGAAGCCAAGUGAGAAGUUCACUGAAACGUCAAUAGCCUUGGAAAGAAGGAUUUCUGUCAGAAAAAGUCGCCAAGAGCUGAUUGCCAGAGGGGUUUUAAAGGAUAUCCCAGAGAAUGAGAGCAAUGAUGUUAACCACUCCAAAGCUCCACCAAUGAAAAAUGGGCACCCUGUGCCAAUGGAUGUGGACAGGAUGUCAGAACCAGGGGUGCGAGUGUCUCGAGGGGAAUCUGACAUUAAGGGGAAUGCCCUCAGGCCGCCCCAAGUAGAUGAACGUCGAAGCAGAGCACCAUCUGAUGCCUCCAGAAGUAACCGGGCACCUCUGGAUGUGGACUCUCAUGCACGGCUUUCUGUGGACGUAGACAGACGAAGCCGUCUGCCAUCAGAUGUUGAUAAGAGAGGAGCAUCAUUACCCCGAGGACCUCCACCAGAUGAUAGAUACCGCAGGGAAGAGAGGAGAGAUGGCAAGGAUGACAGGGAGGACAGAGGAAGAAGGGACUGGCGAGAGGAAAAGGAGAGGGAUGGGGGAGCCGACCGGAGAGAAAGGCGAGAAUGGAGGGAUGACAGAGAGAGGAGAGAUGAUAGAGAGAGGAGAGACGACAGAACAGAGAGAGACAAUAAGGAAAGGAGAGAUUAUGAAGAGAGAGAACGCAGGGAUCGGGAUGAGAGAGAACGCAAAGAUCGGGAUGAGAGAGAAAGGAGAGAUCGGGAUGAGAGAGAGCGGAGAGAGCGGGAUGAGAGAGAGCGGAGAGAGCGGGAUGAGAGAGAACGGAGAGAUCGGGAUGAGAGAGAGCGGAGAGAGCGGAGAGAUCGGGAUGAGAAAGAAUGGAAAGAUCGGGAUGAGAGAGAGCGGAGAGAUCGGGAUGAGAGAGAGCGGAGAGAUCGGGAUGAGAGAGAACGCAGAGAUCGGGAUGAGAGAGAAAGGAGAGACAGGGAGCGUGAUGAUAGAGAAAGAAGGGAUGACAGGGACAAAGAAAGGGAUCCGCGGCUUGAGAGGGAAAGGAGAGAAAACAGAGAUGACAGAGAACGAGAAGACAGGGAGAGAAAAGACAUGCGAGGAGAAAGAGAUGAUAGGGAUAGGAGAGAUGACCGAGACAGGCGAGAUGACAGAGAGAGGAGAGAGGAUAGGGACAAACGGGACGACUGGGCCAAGAAGAAUGAACGAGAGCGACGAGAUGAGCGGGAAAAGAGGGAGGAGAAGGACCCGCGGCCUAUAGUCAGGCCUGUCUCUGAGAUGGAUUUGCGGCCUCCUCUACAGAAGAGCUCCUCAGAGGACAACAAGAGGACUCGCCCAGCUUCAGAGUCUGACAAGAGGACUACCCUGCCCAGAUACACCCCGGCUGCAGAGUUCAGAGAUCGCUCAGAGUCCGCUGCUGUCCGCUUCGCCCCUGACCCUCGUCCUGCACCAGACUCCCAGCAGGAACCUCCCCCACCCAAACAGGCUCUGCUCCCCCCUAAGUUUCUCACUGCACCCUCUGCUGAGUCCGGCAGGAGUCCGACCCCCUCCUCCUCUUCUUCAUCCUCCUCCUCUUCCUCCUCCUCCUCCUCUUCCUCCUCCUCUGCUCCUGUAGCUGUGGCCAAGCCACCAAGGACAGUCUCCCUAUUAGUUGAAGACCCACCUCGACUGCAACCUGCUGCUCCUUCCCCAGCUGACUCUGACACGCCGCCCCCUGUCCCUCCCCAUGCAAAGCAGCCUCCCAUCCCUCCACCUAAACCCACCAACCGCAACAGCAACCCCGCACUGCUUGCUUCCUCAUUGAACAGGGCCUCUAAGGUCAGGCAGCCCUGUCACUGGACCAGCUGGACACGCCAGAGUGAGCUUGGCCUCUACCUUUCUUUACCUGUGUACCUGCGACACAGAGCUGGCCAGACCUGCUCAGCUGAGCUUUCACAGCCUGGCAGCGGUGUCAUCAUCGUGCCAGCACCCGCUAAGCGCUCGCCGCCAACACCACCAAAAAGGAUGACCCCUGUCACCAAGCGCCAUUCAGUGGACCCCUCUCCUCCCAGUCAGGUCCCAGAGUCUCCCACCACUGAGCCAGCCUCAGCCCCUGCACUGAUGCCCCCUGCUGUCCUUAAAGGAGAUAACAACGAGGACAAGACAAACGCAGCAGCUCCUCAGUCCCCAACUGAGCCUAUGCCUUCACCACCGUCACACAUCCCUCCAUCUCCUCCUAGGGUUCAGUCACUGCAGCCACCCAGCACCUCCUCCUCUGGUCCUGUGCCCACUGUGCAAACUGAUCCUCCCAGCCCAACCACAGAGCCUCCCAGCCAGCCUCCUGCCAUCCCCCUACACAUCCUCAUCCAGAGAGCUCUGGCCAGCCCCGGCCCAGCUCAGCCCAACCCAGGCAGCUCCCAGAGGGCCCACUCACUGCUGUUUGAGUCUCCUCCAGAGUUCCUCGCGGAGGUGGGGGGUAACCCACGGCACUCUCUUCCCAUCACCAUCGAACCUCUCAGGCUGCCAGAAGACGAUGACUUUGAUAUGGAGGAGGAGCUGCGGAAGCUUCAUCCUCAGAGGGCUCCUCGCCAGCCGGAGCUGGAGCCCCGCAGCAGGAGGGGCAUGGUUGGAGACCUCAGUGUGAGUGUGAUUCCCGAGGACAGAGGAGACAGCGAGGGGGAGUGUGACUCUGAUGGCCCCAUCCUGUACAGAGACGACGACGAAGAUGACGACGAUGAGGAAGGCCCUCCAAGUGGACUGGCGAGUCGUGUGAAGAGGAAGGACACAUUAGCCCUGAAGCUGGAGAGACAGGAGAGAGAGGACAGGGAGGCCCAGGAGAACCAAGACAACAUGAGCUGGCACAACAGGGAGCAGUGGGUGGCAGUGAGGAACAAGAUCAGCACUGCACUGACACGGCGGCUGAGUCAGAGGCCAACAGCAGACGAGCUGGAGCAGAGGAACAUCCUUCAAGCCAAGAACGAAACAGAUCGACGAUUAGAGAGAUGCGAGAUCAAACGGAGGCUCACGAGAAAGCUGUCCCAGAGACCCACAGUGGCUGAGCUCCAGGCCCGGAAGAUCCUGCGCUUCCAUGAGUAUGUCGAGAGCACCCACGCGCACGACUACGACCGGCGAGCAGAUAAGCCGUGGACCAAGCUCACUCCUGCUGACAAGGCUGCAAUCCGCAAGGAGCUCAAUGAAUUCAAGAGCUCGGAGAUGGAGGUCCACGAAAAAAGCAGGAUCUAUACCCGGUUCCAUCGGCCUUAGUUGUGCAUGCUGACCAGAAAAGCACUUAGACUCGGGGUAUUGAGGAGUCUGUCUCCUCUCUGCGGACUGAACACGUGGCCCAUUUGGUCCAUUUUUACUGACUGCCUGCUAACCUGCUUCAGCUGAGGACACUACUGUUGCUGAUAACUGGAACCAAAGCGAAAGAAGCCACAAAUCAGCUCAACCCACGGCUGACUGUCAGACAUACUGCAGUUCUAAGACUGCAGAGGAGUUUGUUGGUGCGUCCAUGAUGGAGGUACCUGGUGCCAACACUGAACGAGUGAGAGUCCCCCCCUUCCCCCUCUGCUGGGGGUUCAGAAACAGUCAGAUUGAACUGAAAGGAUCACUGUCGGAGUGUUACCACACUGUCUCCCUCAGGGGAAACCACUCUCCCCAUGCCUUUACCUGCCUUCACUUUCUAUUAUCUCCCUUCCCUGCAGACUAUGCACAUAAAGAGAUCACUGUAGUUUCCAUUAACACCCAACUGACCUGUUUAAACUUGUUAAUGUGUACGUGUUAGGUUCUGCAAAUGUGUACCCAGAGGUGCCACACACAGGCCUUACUCCUCACAUGAUCUCACACUGUCGGACUAAAUGUGAAAGACUUCGUACAGCAACGUGUUUCGAAUCUAAAACUCAGUCGUAACUCUGUUUGAAUCAAGUUGGAGCUCUGUGUGUCGACCCUCAGAGCAUUGAUUCCAACCUAAUAUCUGAAAGUGUGCAUUUUACUGUAUUUUGCUGAUUAUUAAAUGACUCUCAUGGAGCACAUAUCACUAGAUUAUUUUCUAAUAAGGCACCUUAUGUUCCUUAAUCGGGUGUGUAGAAAAUUUACAAAGUUCAGAGCCUCUAAUUCUAUGUUUAUAAAUGAAUUAUUAAAGCUGGAAAAUGUACAUAUUUUUAUUUUCCUGGCUGUUUUAUGGUACUUUAUAUAUGCACGUCCAUAGCUGGCUGCAACUGUAUAGAUCAAUUAUGUGAUUGACUUUAUAUUGUACAUCCACAGUAAUGCUGACAUGUUUUAAUUGUAAAGUAUUUCCCAAAUGUUAUUUCAAAGUAGUGAUGGUACUUUUUUUUGAUACAGAGAACUUUAAAAGGUUUUUUGCAAAGCACACUGUAUAAAUGAACAAUCCACUCAGAAAUUAAAACAACCUGUGAUUUUCAUUUCA